AAGUGUUCACUUAAGUUUUUGUUGAAAGUGUUUAAUAACUAGAUGCAAUUUCCAUUUAGAACUAUGGUAAUAUUCACUAUGAUUCUAAGGCGGUUUGAAUAUUUACGACAAAAAUAACACUUUAAGUGGUUUUAAAAACGUGUUGUUUUCUUGAAGUCUAUAUUAAAAAGGAAUGGUAUCAACGAGAAGUUUACGCUAUAAAUUUAGCGAAGGAGAGCGAGUCCUUUGCUAUGAACCUGACCCUACAAAGGCAAAAGUGUUGUAUGAUUCUAAGGUUUUAGAAGUAAUAGAGAGCAAAGACAAAAGAGGACGUCGUACCGUAGAGUAUCUAAUACAUUUCCAAGGUUGGAAUUCAUCGUGGGAUCGUUGUGUUAGUGAAGACUUUGUACUUAAGGACACACAAGAAAAUAGACAGUUGCAGAGGGACUUAGCUGAGAAGUCACAGCUCCAAUUGGGAGCAUAUUUAUAUAGAAAGGAGCGUAAGAAGAGAGUCAACACGACCGCGCACCCGGGACCCGCGAAGCGCGCCCGUCAUGGGCGCAGCGAUGUCGGAUCAUCAACCAGUACACAACCUGAUGAAGUGGAGCCAGGGGACACGGACUUAUCAAAUGGGUCAGCAACGAGUUCAGGCUCGGACUCAGGCAGUGGCAGCAGCUCCGACUCCCAGCAGCUCUUGCCGCGCAAGCCGCAGGGGUUCAAAGCUGACAUACCUAUACCACCUGCCCUCAGGGAUCGUCUAACAUUCGACUACCACUUGGUAGUGAAGCGUGGUCGGCUGGCGCGGCUGCCGGCGUCACCGAACGCUGCAGAAAUACUGGAGUCCUACGUCAAGUGGUUUGCGCACACCGGUGUGUGGCAGGCUACAAGGACGAGGCAUGCGCCUGCGCAACGGCCUGAUAUACUCGACGUAUCUUGCAGAUUGCAUCUAGUCAGAGAGGUGGCGGAGGGCAUUAGAAUAUACAUUGAUUUUAUCCUCGGCGACCAUUUGCUUUACAAACAGGAGCAGCCUCAAUACUGGCAAUUAUGUGGACAGUAUAAUGAAGACGUUAAGCCAAAAAGUGAGAGCGAAGAUUCUCAAGAAGAAGACGCCGCGGCGACAGACGAAGAAAAUAAUAGUCAAAAAAUGACGGAAUAUUCACAUCUGCCACCCGAUCCUGUCGGUAGUCAAAACAACAGAGAAAACGAAACUGAAAAUGAUGAUGAAAACGAAGAAAAUGAAGCGGAGGAUGAUGAAGAGGAUGACGAAGAUAAUGAAGAAGAUUACGAAGAAGAUAACGAAGAGGAUAGGGAAGUAGAAAAUGUACUACAUAAUAAUAUUGACAACCACUCACAAGAGAGCGAAACAGAAGAUGACGAAGAAGAUGAAAUGGAAAACGACGCAGAACACGACGAAAGUGACGAUGCAGAUAAUGAUGAAAAUGAAUCUCUACACAACAAUGUAGAGAACGGAGUGAAUAAUGUUAUGCAGAAUACUGUAGACAACGAGGUGGAUGAUGAUGUUCACAGUAACGAAGAAAACGACGAAGAUGUUCUGCACAAAAAUGUAGAUAACGUCGUCCAUAAUGGUCUGAACAAUAAUAUAGGAAACGAAAAAGAUGAUGCUGUAGACUCCAACGAAGAAAACGAUGAAGAUUAUGCUGUAGAUAACGACGCUGAAAAUGAAGAAGAUGCUGUACACAAUAACGUAGAUAAUGGUGAUGCUAAUGUUGUACAUAAUAACGCUGAAAAUGACGAAAACAAUGCUAUACCAAAUAAAGCAGAAAACGACGAAGAUGACGAAAACAGUGAAGAAGAAAAUGAAGAAGACAACGUACAACAAAACAAUGUAGAAAAUGAAGAACAUGAAGUAAAAAAUAACGCAGGAAACAGUGGGAAUAAUGUCGAAAGUCAAAACGAAGUACAGCAAAACAGUGCAGAAGACGACGAACACAAUGCACAAAAUCAGGAAGAGGAAGAUGAAGAAAUGGACGUAGAUAACAUGGCAGAAAAUGAUGAAGAUAAUGACGGUCAAAAUGCUGACGAAUACCAAGAAGAGAACGAUCAAGUAAAAGACGAAGAUGAAGACUCGAAAUCAAAAGUGAUGGAAUCAGUCUACCGUGGAAAUUCAUACAAUAACACCAACUCGAAUUCAGAUCCUAACAACGAGUGUGAAGGGGAGGAGGUGAAGGUGGACGUGAAGUGCGUCAAGAUGGAGGCGAGCAGCGAGGAGGCGGAGCAGUGCGAAGACCUCACACCGCGUGGCCGUCGCUGUGCCGCACGCAGCGGACACUAUACCAGGAGACUCCGUUCAUACAAAUCCAAUAAGUCUCACUCGGAAAACGAGGAGCAGGCGCCGUCGACCUCCACUGGUGGCGAACAAAAGCCCUUCGACACGCAAUCUUCCAGUGUGGAGAGCACGAUGUCGUCUCUGAGCGAGGAGUGGCGCGGUAGGGCGGCACGCGCGCCCCCGCCCGCCCCGCCUCCACUCACGCGAACGCCCCUCUCACUGCUACUAGAAAAGGUAUCAAAAUGGCGAGUGAUCCCCCGAGACGAAAGUACACAGCAUCUUCCAUGCAGGAUAUAUGGCGCCACACACCUCGCGAGGCUAUUUGUAAAACUACCUGAAUUUUUAAAUGCUACGAAUAUGGCAGAAUCGAAACUGAAGGUUAUAUUGAAAAAUAUCGACAUGUUUGUUCAAUAUUUGGACGAACACGGGGAAUGGUUCGGAGAGAUGCACUACACGUCAGAUGGACGGUCAGAUUCGCACUGACGGCGACAGAGCGGCGAGAGACGCCUCGCUCAACCCCACCACUAUCCUGACGCAGGCCGCGCAUGCGCACGCGACAUGCGCGCGCGGUGAACUAAACGUAUGAACCCAACUGACCUCAAUAUACUGGACUGGCUGUGGACUGUAGUAGUUUGUGUUUAUUUCAUUUUGACGCUGACGGCAGCGGUAAAGAUCUACGGAACUAAUAAUAGAGAUGGAACAAUGUGUUUGAAAAUUAAUAGACGUAGGAAAAUGUCGAUAUGUAUCUAGACGAGGUACAACGACAACUCUAUUGCAUUUACCUAUUAUGUCCGAAAAGUGUCAAAAUUAGUUCUCGGUAUCUUCAAGCGGCGUUUUAAAUCGACACAAAUACUAGCCAUCAUUUAUGUGGCCAGUCUACAAAGGAACAUUCCAUCAAGAACUCUGAUAAAGUAAUAAGACUCGAAGUACAACAGUGAAGUGAUGUGAUCAUAGUGUAUAAGUGUUCAAAAGUAUUAGAUGUCCAACACGGAUAUCCGAACUCUAUAAUUAGUGACAUCACAACGGCAUAAUAAGUUACUUAUUUGUCUAAUUUUUUUGUAUAUAUGUUGUGUGCUAUAAGCAAAAAAGAAAUUCCAUGAAUCCUUUACCUUUCACUGAUAACCUGAGAUUAAUAAAACAAACGUUAUGUUUACGCAAGAAAAUAUUGCUGUACGAAAGCUCACAUGUA